AACAGCUGAAUUUAUUUCUGAUUUUAAAGCCUCAACAAUUCAACAUACCUGUAAUUGGCUCCAAUUCUUUUGCAAGUUUUUUUUUUUUUUAGGUUACCGAGAUUGCUCAUUAGCAACUAUUGCACCUCACCACUUAGUCUUAUGUAGUGUAAACUAUAGAAGUAUAGGGAGUAGUAUAAAUCCGAUUAUAAUUCAAUUAUAAUACGAAGUAGUUUUAUAAAUCAUAACAUCAAAUCAAAUCAGAUCAGACUAAAUUAAAAUAGAAAAAAUCCCAUUAAACUGAUCUUAUUCGCAAGUUAUUCACAAACGUAUGCGCUAUCGAUAUCUUUACCACCCCUACUAAAAUACCUCUUCUCAAACGAAGCCAAAAAAAAGAAUCGUUAUUUGUUUUUGUCUUUUAGUAAGACUCACACUCCUCGCCAUUUCCAUCUUUCUCCUUGUUAUACAGUACUGCACUACACUGUACACCCACUUAAUUGGGCUCCAAGGCAACCAAAACUACUUUUUUCUCACUCAUCAAUGAAGAGCUUCAAAAUCAUUCCAUAAAAUCAAGCUGAAGGAUAACAGUAUUACCUGAUUUUGGAGGAAGUCUGAAACAAUUGUUGGUCAAUAUAUUGUUCUUUGUCAAAAAUGUCUGAUGAAAAAACCCUUAAAAUCCCUCCAGAAAUCUGGUUGACAAUCUGGCAAAAACUGCCAGUGAAAACUAUAGGCCAAUGUCUGUGUGUGUGCAAACCCUGGAACACUCUCAUUACUUCCUCUUCUUUUGUGGCUGCCCACACCGAGAAUUCCUCUCAAGUGGAGGGUAAUUCUCUUCUCUUGUAUAGGCAAUUCACAAAUGCUCCCAAGAAAAAUGAAGAGUACAUGUUUAUGCUCGAUUCAUCCCAAAAAGAAUCAGACCUUGAGCCUUGCUACACCUUAACUUGCCCCUUUGUAAUUGGAGAAGUUGGGAAUUAUUUCCGUGUGGUUGGUACUGUUAAUGGUCUGAUAUGUCUCUCUGAUGAUCUGUUUGGGUACACCUACCUUACAAUCCUUUGGAAUCCCUUGCUUCGCAAAUACAUCAGACUUCCUGUGCCAAGAGUGAAUUAUGUUGUUAAAGGUGCCCACAUAUCUUCUUUUGGCUUUGGGUAUGAUACUAGGAAGGCUUCUCACAAGGUGGUGAGAAUAAGCUACAUGCGCGAAAAAAAUGCCAUGUAUGAUGUGACUCCUCCUACUGUUGAGCUGUAUUCGGUUAAGGAAGGUAGAUGGAGGUACGUGCCUGCUGACAGUCUGGUUAAUAUUUGCAUAUGUGACUACUGGUGGUCUCAAUGUUUUCUCAAUGGCGCUGUUCACUGGGUUGCUUGGGAGAGGGAUGCUAGUAACCUUGCUUUCAGCAGAAACUGGUUUCUGAUUUUUGAUGUGGAAGAAGAGAAGUUCAAGAAGAUGAAAUUGCCUGAUGCUCUUGCCAAAGUAUGCACAUUAGAUCUGAGUGUUGCAGAGUAUUGCUCUAAGUUGUCGGUUCUUCACUCUGUACUCAAAGGAGGCGCAGUAGGGAAUGAAAUGGAACGUUGUGAGAUCUGGGUCAAGGGAGAAUAUACUGUGGGGAGCUCAUGGAGCAAAGUGGUUAGUAUUGACAUCAAUUCAAGUGCUGGUUUAGGCUGGGUCCAGUGCUUGAGGAAAAAUGGGGAUGUUUUGGGGUUUUCCAAGAAAGGAGAGCUAGUGUCCUAUGAUCCACUGAUGGAAAGGACUAAGGGCCUUGGUGUUCGUGGGUGUUGGCGCUCCUGGUUCACCUGUUCAUUUACGGAGAGUCUCAUUUUGCUGGACAGAAAGAAAGGUGUAGGUACUUAUGACAAGACUGGAGGGAAGAAGAAGAAAUUUAAAACGGUUUUCUCCAAUGGCAUGCUGGACAUGGAAGAAAUAGAGGUUGAUGGAAGCAGUGUAGGUGAAAAAGACCAGUCUUCAGGACAAUGUAACUCUGUUUAUCAUCAGGGAAAGUUCGUAUUACUGGAGCAGCUGAGUAAAUUUGAUGGAACUAGCAUUACAAGAGAUCCCUCGGAGUAUAUGUCUAUGGCUGGUUUUGAAUUUUCUGAGUUCAUGUCAAUGGCUGAGUCCGUGGCUUGGUCUAUGUCCAUCGGUCAUGGCUGAAGCUCCUCAGAUUCAAGCCUUCAAUCUGCAGCUGCAAAUUUGUUCUUUGGCUGUCAUUUUCGAAAUGCUAACACUAUGUUUGCACUCUAGUUAAGCUUAAGGAGAAACAAUUAUAAACUUCUAGCUUUUUUGGAACAUGGAUUUGGAAACUGUGGUUCUUUCAAGUUUAAGUUGCCUGUAAUUAACUAUAAUCCGACUUUUGUGUACU